AUCCUUGUUGGGCAUCUAUAAACAGGGGGAUUCUAAUCUGUGACGAGUGCUGUAGUGUUCAUCGAAGUUUGGGGCGUCAUAUCUCUCAAGUGAGGCAUCUCAAGCAUACGCCAUGGCCUCCAACACUGCUGCAGAUGGUUGAAACACUGUAUAAUAAUGGUGCUAACUCCAUAUGGGAACAUUCGUUGCUGGACCCUGCCUCUGUUAUGAGCGGAAGGCGUAAAGCUAGCCCGCAGGAUAAAGUGCAUCCCAAUAAAGCAGAAUUCAUUAGAGCUAAAUAUCAAAUGUUAGCAUUUGUUCAUCGCUUGCCGUGCCGUGAAGAUGACAGUGUUACUGCCAAAGAUCUUAGUAAGCAACUCCAUUCCAGUGUAAGGACAGGGAAUCUGGAGACAUGUUUGCGAUUACUCUCCUUAGGAGCUCAAGCCAACUUCUUUCAUCCUGAGAAAGGAAACACCCCGCUCCAUGUUGCUGCUAAGGCAGGCCAGACUUUACAAGCAGAAUUAUUAGCAGUUUAUGGUGCUGAUCCUGGCACGCAAGAUUCCAAUGGAAAAACUCCGGUUGACUGUGCAAGACAAGGUGGGCAUCAUGAGCUAGCAGAGCGCCUGGUUGAAAUUCAAUAUGAACUCACAGACAGGUUAGCCUUCUAUCUCUGUGGCAGAAAACCAGAGCAUAAAAAUGGACAGCACUUUGUUAUACCUCAGAUGGCAGACAGCAGUCUAGAUUUAUCAGAACUUGCAAAAGCAGCUAAGAAGAAGCUUCAGUCUCUAAGCAACCACUUAUUUGAAGAACUUGCCAUGGAUGUGUAUGAUGAAGUUGACAGGAGGGAAACAGAUGCAGUUUGGCUUGCUACUCAGAAUCACAGUACACUUGUGACAGAGACCACAGUGGUACCUUUUCUUCCUGUAAAUCCUGAAUAUUCCUCAACCAGGAAUCAG